AUGGCAGCAGUAACAACCGAGAACAAGCCAAAGGACGUGAAAGAAGCAAUUGGUGGUGUGGUUGAUACCGUGAACAAGCGUGUAUCAGGCAAGGCAUGGAAAAUCCAGAAAACACCUACUGUACGAGCACAAAAGGCCAAGACUCUUCGUCGAUCGUGGGAACAACGUACGGCGGAACGAACCAGAAUUCAGGCUGUCAAGGCGUUGGAGAAACAAUUAAAGGACGAACGACAAGCCGAGAAAGACGUAGGUUUUCCAUAUAAAAGUAGACUUGUUUUUUACUUCUUCUCUCUAAAUUCACUUCUCUCCAUGAAAUAG